UCCAAGGUGAAUCCUUUCCCUGUCUUCUUUAGCCCCUUCGUCCUUGCCGGGAAAAACCCCACCCAAAAUCCCCACUUAGCAGGAGCAAAAAUCCCUUCCACCUCUUCCACCGGCGCCUGCACAGGCGCAGCCGCCUUCCCCACAACAUACCACGGUGACAUUCCCGCCUUUCCUCACCUACCCCUGAAACAACUGCUCUCUUCCCUGUCUCCUCUCUGUUUCUCGCUUAUAAAUCCUUACCACUACAUAAACUCCCUAUGCUUACGACUUCGUUUGCUGAGUUGCAGCAUUGAUGCCCGGGCGGUGUGGUUGUAACUAACUUUCAAUACUAUGAUGAACGCCCCAAUUAUUGAUCCCUUGCAGGGGGAUUUUCCGGAAGUAAUAGAAGAGUUUCUGGAACAUGGGGUUAUGAAGUGCAUUGCUUUUAAUCGCCGCGGAACUCUUCUUGCCGCUGGGUGUGCCGAUGGAAAUUGUGUUAUUUGGGAUUUUGAGACUAGAGGUAUUGCAAAAGAACUCAGGGAUGAUGACUGUCUUGCUGCCAUAACUAGCAUUUGUUGGUCUAAGUAUGGUCAUCGCAUACUUGCCUCCGCUGCUGAUAAAUCAUUGACUCUCUGGGAUGUUGUCAAAGGAGAGAAGAUAGGACGGACAACACUUCAGCAAACCCCUUUACAAGCACGCUUGCAUCCUGGCUCUUCCACUCCGUUGAUCUGCUUAGUUUGCCCCGUCUCAUCAGCUCCAAUGAUUGUUGACUUGUGUUCUGGUAGCACAACUGUGCUUCCUGUGUCAUUACCUGACACAGGCAAUGGUCUUGCCCCUCCAUCACGUAACAAAUUUUCAGAUGGAUCUGCACCUUUUACUCCAACUGCAGCAUGCUUCAACAAAUAUGGGGACUUGGUUUACGUAGGAAAUUCGAAAGGAGAAAUACUUAUUAUAGACCAUAGUAAGAUUCAAGUCUGCGGUGUAGUUCAGGUUCCUGGGGCUUCUGUGAUAAAAAAUAUGGUGUUCAGCAGGAGUGGACAGUAUCUUCUUACGAAUUCAAAUGACCGUACUAUCAGGAUCUAUGAAAACCUUCUCCCUUUGAAAGAUGGACUUAAGGCCCUUGAUGAAUCAAAUAGUGGCUUAGAUGAGCUAGAUGGUGUUGAAAAGGUGAAGACUAUUGGAUCAACGUGUUUGUCACUCUUCCGAGAAUUCCAAGAUUCCAUCACCAGAGUGCACUGGAAAGCACCAUGUUUCAGUGGUGAUGGUGAGUGGGUCAUUGGUGGGUCUGCUAGCAAAGGAGAGCACAAGAUCUAUAUAUGGGACCGGGCUGGUCAUCUUGUUAAAAUCCUUGAAGGUCCAAAGGAAGCAUUAAUGGACUUAGCAUGGCAUCCUGUCCACCCCAUUGUUGUCUCUGUUUCCUUGGCUGGAUUGGUUUACAUUUGGGCAAAGGAUUAUACUGAGAAUUGGAGUGCAUUUGCUCCAGAUUUUAAAGAACUUGAGGAAAAUGAAGAAUACAUAGAACGGGAAGAUGAAUUUGAUUUGAUGCCUGAUACUGAAAAGGUGAAAGAAUCAGAUGUAAAUGAAGAUGAUGAAGUUGAUAUCAUGACUGUGGAGAAGGAUUCGGCUUUCAGUGAUUCAGAUGUAUCAGAAGAAGAAAUAUGCUUCUUGCCUGCUGACCCAACUCCUGAUGCUCCUGAGCAGCAAGACAAAUGUGUAGGAAGUACUUCAAAGUUAGCUGAUAGUGCUCAGUCAGGAUCUCCUCUAUCUGACGAGGCUGGACAAAAUGGACAUGCAGUGAAUCAAUCAUCAAGCCCCCUUGAAGGAAUGGAUAACUCAGCUGCUGAGGACACAGGAGGCACUCGCUUGAAAAGGAGGCGUAGGCCUUCUGAUAAGGUGAUGGAGUUACAGGUAGAGAAGGUUAAGAAAUCUUCACAGAGGAUGAAACCAUCUGCUGCAGUUUAAGAGCAUAAGUGGUAACUCCAGUCCUUGUCGUUAGAUCUUGGCCAAUGUACUGGAUGCAGGAGAACAUAUCUUUAAGGAUGGCUAAAUGAUAGCUGACUACAACUGAUACAUUAUAUUGUUAUUUAUGUAUGAUAUUUCUAAUUUCGACCCAUCAACUCAAAGAAUAACUGUAUUCACAUUCUUGCAAAUUGAGGCAUCUGAAGACUGUGUAGCUGUGGUUGAAUUAGAUUUGACUGUAGGCAUCCAUUCAAAAACAGAGGUAGUCUUCUACCUAAAAUUGCAAUUUUUCCAGAGCUUGGCCGACAUGGCUGUGACCAGGACUUCAGCCACCUAAUAAAUUGCUUAAACAGUUUGCCAAACAUCUGUGAUUGUUUGAUUGCAUUGCAGAAAGCGUAGAAUAAUGCAUUUUGCUUCAUCUAUGUAAUGUGAUUGAAAGUCACUGGCUGACAUUUAGGGACAUUUGAACAGCCCAAUUCAGAAGCAAACCAUCUUCUCCCAUUUUCACCAAGUUGAACUCUGCUUAUAGCAACUCUUCUUAAAAGAUUUGGAUACAAGUUUUUUCUGUAAACGUAAUUAGUACAAGGCUAGGUUCCUCGUACGUUGGCUGUAAACAUAAGCUUGUUUAGAUAUAUACAUGUUUAAAUUGUUCUAAAAUGCUGCUAGUUUCAACAAAUUUGCUCUCUUUUCCGGAACUUUAGUUACAUUACCCAUUUAUUUUGGAAUUCAUUUAUUGAAGUAAGGGUUUGAGACACAUUAUCUUGAAGCAUCAUUAGUUGCACAACCAAUCGCUUGUACUUCUAUUAGCAUUUCAGAACAAUGUGAAGGAAAUGAAUAGUUGGCUGUAAAAUGAACGAUUGAGGACAAUCACAUAUUUUACCUCAAGCAUGCACUUUGUGUAAGAAUUCUCUUAAACAUAUCUCAUUUGCUUAAUAUAAGCUACUUUCUGACCUAGAUCGUCCAACUUAGCCUUGGUAAUUAUCUAUGUUGCAUUGGACAAAUGCUGAAAAGGAAUGGGGCUCAGACUUUCUUUUAGUAUGACUGCUGGCACCCUUGUGGUAGAUUAUUAAACAUAUUUGUGUUAACCUUUGAAACACUUAGGGUGUGAUCAUUUGUGGAUUAAAUACAUUGCAUGUCUAGAUGGACGUUGAUUUUUUCCUACUAGGCAAAGAUAGAAAUGAAACAGAAUCUUUAUUGAAGAUUCCCAAACAUCUGCAAUGCCUAACUCUGAGGUUAGGCAAAACACUUAGGGCAUAACCUUUUGGACUUAAAUACAUUGCAAUUAUACAUGGAUGUUGAUUUUUUCCUACUGGGAAAAGAUA